GUAUCUGCAGGUUGUGGUGGCGAACUUGCCGCCCGCCGUCCCACCGCCGCCUAUCCACGAACACUUGGCGGCCCAGACAUUGGAAUCGAGCAAGCUGUUGCUGCAGCCGCCGCCGAACCUGUUCAAGUCCACCUUCGAGGCGGCGCAUCGGCAGUCCACCGGGGAGCUGUGGCUGCAGAGGCACAUCGCAGCCUUCGAUGCAGGGAACCGCCGGAAGCGCAAGGAGGUCUUGGAAGAGUUCCUGGAGUAUGUGAAGCAAAGCACGCUUACUGGCAUGGAGGAGCUCUUCUCUAAAGAGGCGCACCUCUUCUUGGCGCGGCUCACCAGUUGGUUCUCCAUCACCUUGCCUUUGCUCUACGAGCUUCCCUUGCAGCUGCCCGG